AUGGACGAUCUCCGGCGAAGAGCCGAUAAGUAUAUGCAGAUGGAGGAGCUAGCCGAGUUUCGCAACCAAGCUAGGACAGAGGUAGCAACCAAGUCGGAAAAGCUGACCGAAAGCAAACAAGCAGUGGCCUCUGAAGUGCUAACCGUCCCGAAAAGGGCUUCGACCCCACCCAGGGCUGAUACAGCGAAGUCUUGCAGGUACCAUCGUAAUAGAGGACAUUCAACGGAGGAGUGCACAGCCCUAAAAGAUAAGAUCGAAGACUUAAUUAAGAAGGGACAACUCCAAGGUUUCGUGGAUCGCCCCAAUUCGUCUCGACAUGCCGAUCGGUCAAGACGGCCUGACCACCCUGAACCAAGAAGAACAGAGACUCGCGGAUAUAGGGAGCGGAGUCGUUCCAGGGAAAGGCGAGACCCGGAACCUACUUCACAAACUCGGCGGGUCAUCAACAUGAUAGCAGGCAGAUUUGCGGGUGGUGGUUCUUCUUCGUCGGCGCAGCGAAGACAUCUACAUGCCGUUCAACAUGUCCAUGCCGUUGAGAUGGCUUGGCGUCAGCUGCCUACUAUUACCUUCACCGAGGCCGACUUCAGGGGGAUCGACCCGGAUCAGGACGACCCGAUGGUGGUCAGUGUUGAAAUUCAUAACUGCAUUGUGCGCAAAAUGCUGGUUGAUCAAGGAAGUUCAGCCGACAUCUUGUAUUGGAGCACGUUUAAAUAG